GAUUGUGUCUGAAUUUCAGCAAUUGCAGCAGUUCCUGGAGGAACAAGAGCGACUCCUGCUGGUCCAGCUGGAGAAGCUGGAUGAGGAGAUUGUGAGGAUCCAGAAUGAAAAUGUCAGUAAACUCUCCAAGCAGAUUUCCCAUCUCAGUGAGCUGCUCAAUGAGAUGGAGGGGAAGUGUCAGAAGCCAGCGAGUGAAUUCCUACAGGACGUCAGAACCACCUUGAGCAGGUGUGAGAAGGGGAAGUUCCAGCAGCCAGAGGAGAUUUCUCCUGAACUGGAAGAGCGAGUCAGUGGUUUCUCCAAGAAAACGACUGUGCUAAUGGAGAUUCUGGGGAAGUUCAAAGACACUCUGCCAUCUCAACUGGAGAGAAAAAGGGGAGAAUUGUUUGGACCACACAGACAGGUGAAUGUGACUCUGGAUCCAGACACGGCUCAUCCCCAACUCGUCCUGUCUGAGGAUCAGAAAAGUGUGAGAUGCGGAGACACACGACAGCAACUGCCCAACAACCCUAAGAGAUUUGACACUGCGCUGUGUGUGCUGGGCUGUGGGGGAUUCACCUCGGGGAGACAUUGCUGGGAGUGA